CGCAAACACUCCAAAUACAUCAUAGCUCCCCCCAUCCAUCACUCUCCUCAACAUGUCCGACCCAUACACUUCAAUCGACCAUGACAUCUUUGCCACUGUUCAAGAGCAGAUCGAGCGCGAUACUCAGGUCAAAGAGAGAAUCCGCGACUCGUUGAAGGGCCUGGAGAAACAAUCCAAGCAGAUCAACUCUAUUCUUUCUCGCGUUCACUCUGUUGCGCCGACCGAAGUCCCCGGCCUCGUUGCUAAAGCUAAGCCGGUCUUCGAGGAGGCCAAGAAGCAGCUUCACGGACUCAUCAAUGCUACCAAAGCUUACCCUUACUACAAGUACAACGGACUGUGGUCGAGGGAUCUGCAGAACCUCAUCUUCUUGACGAUGUUUGAGACCUGGUUAGAGAGGAUGUACACCACGGACACUCCGCAGACGGGAAACGCCUUGUUGACCAUUGAGGAGGUCGGCGAGCGGUUUGGAGUGCCUGUCAACCUCACGACCGAGGACCAGUUCCACAUCACGGUCGAGGAGUAUCUCCACGCCAUCAUCUCGCUGGUUGAGGAGCUGUCGCGUCUGAUGACCAACGCCGUCACCCAACGUGAUUUCAAGCGGCCACAGCUCAUCAGCACUUUCGUCAAAGACAUACAUUCGAGCUUUCAGGUGCUGAAUCUCAAGAAUGACUCCCUGAGAAAGAGGAGCGACGGCUUGAAGUACAACGUCAAGAAGGUUGAGGAUAUCUGCUACGAUUUGAUCGUGAGAAACCUAAUUACGACCGAGCCAAAAUAAGAGGGGAUGAGGAGCUGAAAUAGUCUGCAACGUGGCCUCAUACUGGAUGAUCUCACGUAAAAUUUAGUUUAGAUAGAAACAACAGCAAACGUCUAUAAUGCCAUAGUUUUGUUGAACGUUUCAAACCCACUCACUCAAGCCCACCACCAUGCAAACCAACCACCUCUCAAACCAACCACCAUCCCCCACCACGCAAACCCACCGUGGCGAGCGAUGGAAGAGCUGUCGGCGUGAGG